UCGUAAAAAUAUUCUUAAAAUUAUUGGUAUCUGGUGGGGUUAAAUAGGUGCAUUCGGGUACAUUUUCUUUUAAAUUUUUGCAACGUACAUAUGUAUAUUUGAUAUAUGUAUAGUCUCGCCGACUAUGCAGUACAUAUGUAAGGGUAAUAUGUUGAUUUAACGAUAGUUAGCGAGGCUUUGAAGUCGAUUUCCAUUUUUCGUGUGCAUUGCUGAAACGGUGGAAGGCAAUCGGAUUUCCAUACGGCCCAUUACCACACAAUUUGCAUGCACUUAUCCAUGAGGAACGCAACCCAUCAAUUCCGAACACUAUAAAGCAAAAGGUAAAUUUCUGUGACUAGUCUCUGGCGGACAACCUUAAGCACGGCACGGAAAUGUUCGAGGUCUUUGACAAACCCUACGCGGAUCCUGUGCCGCUGCCGUUGCUCAACAGUGCCUGGCCCCUGACGACCAUUAUCGGCCUCUAUCUUCUGUUUGUCCUGAAGCUGGGCGGGCAGUUCAUGGCAAGGUAUGAGGCACUGCAGCUGCGUGGGGUGCUUAAGGUCUACAACAUCGUCCAGGUCCUCUACAACACGUUGAUGCUAAUAUGGGGCCUCCAUUUGAUAUUCGUGGACAAGCCAUACCAGCUGAGCUGUAUGACCGUCCUGCCGCAGGAUCACCCAUUGAAGACAACGGAGCGUACCCUGUCCUAUCUGUAUCACCUCAACAAACUGCUCGAUCUGAUGGACACUGUAUUCUUUGUGCUGCGCAAGAAGCAGCGGCAGAUCACCUUCCUGCACGUCUUCCAUCACGUGUUCAUGGCCGUGACAACGCACAUUCUGAUCCGAUUCUAUGGCCAUGGCGGCCAUGUCUACUUCAUCUGCAUGUUCAAUGUGCUGGUGCAUAUCAUGAUGUAUGGCUACUACUAUGCCUCAUCCCAGAGCCCCAAUCUGCAGGAGAGUCUCUGGUGGAAGAAGUACCUGACCCUCACGCAGCUGGUCCAGUUCCUGAUGAUGUUCCUGCACUGCGCCUACACCUACUUCCAGCCCGACUGCAAUGCAGCGCGGGGCGUCAUCUACCUGAUCUGCGUCAUGUCUGCGUUCAUGUUCGUGAUGUUCACCAAAUUCUACAUAAACACCUACAUUCGCUCGAAGAAGGUCAGGUCCAAGGGCAAAGCGCAUUGAUUCCAGGAUGCCAAAACGCAGUUUUGCAUAUUCCCCAAACGAAUUAAAAUUGUAAUUAAAUGUACUCUGCAAAUGCA